CACACCUGAACAUCGCUUUCUAGUACAUGUCUCCAAUCGUCCCGAACAUCACGCCAUGCCCCAAUCCGCCCAGGCCCUAUGUGAGCGUUACCAGGCGUCUCGCGACGUGCUCAGCUGCGUGCUGCUGCUGGAGGCGGCUGUGGCGGAGACGGCGGCGGUGCUCCGACCCGCGGGUCGCUCCAACAACACCAACAAGGCCCUGGCGGCUGCUUCGGAGCUUGCGAGCGAGAUGAUAUACGCGCUGAAACCCACCGAGGCACGCACGGUAAUGACAGCACGCCGGGACGGCUCGCAGCCCCGCCUGCUGCGGCGCCUAGCUCGCGAGCUGACGGAGGAGCUGGGCGCGUACAGCGCUGCGGGCCGGAAGCGCAACCGCUGGCUGGAUGCGUGGAACAAGGGCGGGCAGCUGCCGCCGCUGAGGCCCUAGAUGGGGAGCAGGAAGGGGGAGGCAGCGCGUGUGGUGUUGUGGAGAGGGUGAAGAGAAGCCGGCCGUGGAGAGGAACGUACAGUGAUUGCCGGAAGAUGAUGUCACCACCAGAACGCCAACGGAGGUGUGUUAAGAACACUGGCCGCGGGUCGGAACGUACUGUGAUUGCCGGAAGAGGAAGUCCCCACAGAGUGUGGGUGUGUAGCGCCGUGGUUGCUGGCCACAUGCAUGCCUUCAAGAGUUGGGUGCGUGAUGGGGAUGGGGUGUCGGGAGGAAUGUGGAGCGAGGGGAGUGUGGUGGGCAGGAGCGAGGCUUGGCAGCCACAUGCGUGAAGGCGACGGCAGGUUGCGGCUUUCAGGGAAAACGCGUGUAGGUUACGGUACGUACAUGUGGAUGGCUGGUGUUUGUGGCAGCUGCGGAAACAACAGUAUCUAGAACACAGCUGCACUCGCUUGCAAGCAGUCGUAGUCAGCGUAAUUACGCUGACAUUGACGGCCUCUACGCCUGUACACCGGUAGUGUGUCUGUUGUACGACGAGCCUGGGGGGCCAAGGACACACGAGGGGAUACCAUGCCAGUUCAGGUCAGGCCCCUCGCGGACUGCUCCUUGGGGCGCUCCUGAUACGGUGGUACUCAUAGGUGCUGGCCAAACAACUGCUGGGCAAGUGGUGUGUGUUUGACGUGGACGUUUCCUUUGGUGUUGCAUGGGAGGUGCGAGAUGGGAAGCCCGCUUGACUUAGGACAGUAGGACGACACUGACGCCCAAAGGCCAUUUACGGUAUGUCUAUUACAGAGGUUCCCGUGAAUAUGGUACACACACAGGGUGAUGAAUGUUGUAAGGGGCAGAGAGGUUCUGCUUUAGUUUCCAUUCGGCAAUCCGCGAGUCCAUUCAAAGGCGGUCCUUCACUCGGCGCUUCUUGGUCCGCCUGUCUUACAUUUUAGUUCGCUGCGGCUUGUUCCGUGGUUGCCCGUCAAGGGCCUGCUUCACGUGUUUCCCGGAUUGUGUGUGGGGUUGGGUUCACCUCUUUAACCACCCUGGGUAUCAUCCACUCAAAUUGUUUUAGUACCGGUAGUGAAGGGGCGGGGAACCAGCUAUUUAGGUCGGCUGGAUAUGUUGACGCAGUAGGCACUCACGUAGGCACUCAUGUCGCACGCGUGGGGUUCAUGGAAGGCAAUACGAACAGGCGCAUGGAG